AUGAUUUUCAAGCAAUUUUUGCUUCUUUCCGCUUGCAUAGCUUUCCUAGCUGUGGCUGCACCCAUCACUGUCAAAGAUCGCUUCAUAGAAAUGCAAUCAUCCGGAAUGUCUGACAACGGAGUCCAAGCUCUGUGGGAUUUGGUGAACAAGUUCAAGGUGGAGUACCCAAAACAUUCGAGGAGCAAAGAAACCACUGAUAAAUUCAUGGCGGAUUUCACAGUGAUUGCUCAGAAUGUGGUGAGCUCAAUGUCGAAGGAAGAUCAAAUGGUGUACAGGGAUUAUGUGAAGAGACACGGUCUUUCAUAA